UCUGCGCUCUUCAACUUUCAGUCCCUCCUGCUGACGAUUCUCCUCGUCAUCUGCACGUGCACCUACGUGAGGGCAGUUGCACCGCGUCUUGUGGAUAGGAACAAGGAGGGGUUCCUGGGUCUGUUCUUCAUGUCAGCUCGGAUAGGAGAGCGGUUGUCCCCAUACGUCGCCAUCGCAUGCAUAACGAUGGCCGUGACGAUGUUAAUGCAGUAG